AUGCGCUCCUCAGUCUGUUUACUUGAGCCCAACAUGCUGGUGCUUGCAGGACUAUUCCUGCUACUUUGUAUCGUCAACAUCAUACAUUUUCCCCGUCAAGCAUCACCGACCGGCUCGUUAUCGUUGACACCAACGCAUGCUCGGUGGGGUGUAUUGGGCCUUCUGUGCUCUGUAGCAUGCUCAAUAUCCUCUGCAAUUUCCAUCCAAGAGACAGAUACUUGCAGCAGGACGAGCUAUAUCACAGUUUCUCUGUGGGUAACCCUUUACUUGGCCGCUUUCCCUUGUCGCUUGAUCUUUUUCAGAAAUGCGACACUCCUGAGCCUUGCAAUCUUUUUGACAACGAACGUGCCUCGUCAACUAUAUCCCAUGAUAUGGCUUGAAGUCCCACUAAGUCCUAGUUUCUCGCUAUUGGAUACAAUCCACUUAGUGACGGGCUUUGGAAGUGCCAUCGUGCUUCCUGUCAUCUCGCCAAAUCCAUACACCCCAAGCAAGGGUGUUCGUCACCCGUCAGAAUCUUGUUCCCUCCUUUCCCGAUGGUGGCUUUACAAUUGGGUCAGUCCACUAGUGACAACUGGCUACCAAAGCAAUGGCUCCAUCCACAAGGAGGAUCUUUUCUCACUUCGUGAAGAGAACUCAGUGGAGUCCUGGCAGCAGGAAUAUAACAGCCAUUGUCAUGUAUCGGUGCCCUUCAGAGCCAUGCUUUGGAGGUUGUUUCGCUCCAGACUGGCUUCAAUGGCUCUUUUUGCAGGCCUCUGUGGCUUUUUCGAGCUCCUUGGAACAGUCGGCUUGUAUCAACUUCUGCUUUUCAUUCAGACACCCUCUGACGCAAAUCUCCAACCGUGGUUCUCAAUAGUACUAUUUGGUUUUUCUCCAAUCAUUCGUGGUAUAUGCAUGCAGACUUUCGAAUAUUACUCCACUCAUACAAUUGGAGACUGGAAGGCCUUUAUUGUGACAGCGGUUCACCAAAAAUUGACCAGGCUCGAAGCAAAUGCGAAGCUCGAUAUUGGUCAAUUACAAAGCAUUGUUUCAGUUGAUAUUGACAGACUGGGCACACUUCGAUACACCGCGAUGACUGCAUUCAUGGUCCCAGUCGAAUUCAUCACCGCCUCGGUGCUCCUGUACAGAGUCAUGGGGUGGUACUAUAUCCCUAGCCUGAUAUUUCUUCUUUUGACUAGAUAUCCCCUAUCUCGGUUCAUAAUAUCGGAGCAGACAAGGGUUCAGUCAGCAAUUGUACAGGCGACAGACAAACGAGUUACCCAAACAACUCAAAUCAUACGAGCGUUGAUACUGAUCAAAAUACUUGGGAAUGCCCAGGCUUUCAUAAGGAGAAUCAACGAUGCACGUUCACAUGAGCUGAAGGCUAUAUGGCUCAAGAUGCGUGUCAUCAUCCUCUCAGAAAGCCUUUCCUCUUCAUGUUCCUUCAUAGCCAUAACCCUCUGCUUAUGUGUUUUGACACUUGUAGGAGGACGGUCUCUGACACCGGAUAUUGUCUUUACGCUUGUUGCUGUCUUCAACAUCAUCAAGAGUAUGCUCAUGUUGAGUGUACUUGGUGCGGGUCAAUAUGCGCAGGCUAUGGUGAGCUUGCAACGAUUGAGCGGUUUCCUAGACCUUGAAGAAUUUGAGCAAGUGACAACCCCAGAGCAGUCCACUGCACAUGCUAAGGGUAAACAACCCGAUAAUAUGUUGGUUGUCACGCAAAUGACUAGAAGAUCCGAUGACAAUCACGAAAAUAUCGACUUUCAUCUUAUUGAUGGUGGUAUCAAUGUGAUCGCAGGAAAAACAGGCUCAGGGAAAACAUUAUUACUACACUCACUACUACUCGGCCGCUCUCAUACUCAACAUAGUAUAGGGCUGAAAAGGGCACAGUUUGAGCCAGUUGCAUAUGCAUCCCAGGAGCCUUGGCUACUGAGGGGUAGUAUUAGAGACAACAUCAUUUUUGGCACUCUACUUGAUCCAAAACGUUAUGAGCGCGUGCUCAAAGAUUGCGGUCUGGAGAAAGAUCUUGCAGCUUUCAAAAACGGGGACCUGAAGGAGGUGGGUGAAUGCGGCCGAAGUCUUUCUGGAGGUCAACGACAGAGAGUCGCCCUUGCCCGAGCUAUGUAUAUGGACGCCAGGGUUGUCAUCUUGGACGAUGUUCUCUCCGGUCUAGACCCAGACACCUUUGAGUGGAUAGUGACCAAGUGUGUGACGGGGUUGAGGCAACAAGAUCGGACUUUGAUUAUGGUCACGAAUAACCCCAGAAUACUCCAGGUUGCUGAUAUGAUUCUACAUAUGGAAAACGGCAGGAUUGCCCGGUUUGAGAAGAGUUUGUCGAAGAAUUAUACAUCCCAAAUGCCCAUCGUGGAAACGCUCGAUGGCCUCAAAUAUCUUCGCUUAUUCGGCAGUCGAUCUUUCAUCGCCUUGGCCUUGGUCUCUGCGGUAGUGGCCCAAGCAGUGGAAAUUGCGCUGUCUGCAUGGCUUUCCGUCUGGAGUGCCAAGUUGCUGAAUAGUGACAAUAGCAGUGGUGGCCUUUACUUGGGAAUCUAUACAGGUCUUGGAUGUGCUCAGCUUUUGAUCCUGGCAGUCUCGCUUUCUUUGUUAUACUCCGGUGCCUGGAGAGCUAGUCGUGAUAAAUAUCUGGAAAUGGUUAACACAAUUUUCGGAGCCACCUAUUCUUGGAUCUGGAAUACGCCGGUUGGGCAGGUCAUCAACCGUUGUUCAUCCGAUACCGCUAGUCUGGACGACACUUUAUUCAAGAACUUUCGUCCAGUCCUAGAGACAUGCUUGUCGAUUGGUCUCCGGAUCCUAACGGUGUCAUCGCUCAUCCCGCUAUUCUUACUUCCGUCAGUCCUGCUGACUGGAGCUGCACUCUAUGUGGGCUACCGUUAUCGUUUUGCAGCGACCGCCGUGAAACAUAUAUACGCUGCGAGCCUAACACCUUUACACCACAGCAUUGCAGAGUCUGCCUCAGGUCUUAUGACAAUACAUGCAUUCCGUGCGCAAAGAAUACUACAGACACGAUUCAAUGCGGCUGUUACGCACCAUGUCCAAGCAUGGAACGCAGUUAGUGAUCUUCAAAGGUGGUUGGCAGUCAGGAUGGACAUAUUCGUUGCCCUGAUCUCGAUCUCCGCAGCGACAUUGGCAGUUAUGCAACCGCAUCCAAGUGCUCCCGCCGUCGGUCUAAGUCUCGCUCUCACCACUGGGCUCUGCACCGCCCUUCUUUAUUUGGUUUAUCUAUCCAGUCUUCUGGAAGUGGAGAUGGCCAGUUAUUCUCGUAUCGACGAUUACAUUCAGGGACUUCCUCAGGAAGUCUCCGUUGAUAAUGAACCGACAGUGAAAGAGUGGCCAGCACAAGGUUUCAUUUACAUUGAAAACCUAGGGGCCAGCUAUGCUUUGGAUCAGGACGAAAUUCUAAAGGGUAUUGACCUUAAGAUCAAUCCCACUCAACGAGUUGCUGUUGUCGGGCGCACAGGAUGCGGGAAAACCUCUCUGGCAUUGAGCCUGCUGCGGCUCACAACUAGGACGCGUGGAACCAUAUCGGUCGAUGGCGUUGAUAUCGAGUCGCUCAAGGUGGAUAGGUUGCGACAAAGCAUCAACUUUAUCCCACAGGAUCCCACGCUGCUGGAUGGCACGAUACGUUUCAAUUUGGAUUUCAAUGGGGAAUAUGACGAGACUUACCUACAAUCUGUGUUGGAUGACGUGGCGGGAACAAGAAGAUGGAAGCCGGAUGACAUUGUUGAGCUGAACGGGAGAAAUUUCUCACAAGGCGAGCGACAACUCAUCACCCUCGCACGAGCUAUGGUAAGCAAACAAAAGAUUGUCAUUCUCGAUGAGGGAACUGCUAGUCUCGACAAAGAAAGCGAAGAUCGCAUCAUGGCUAUCCUACGGACCCGUUUCAAGGAUUGUACGGUCAUAGCCAUCACACACAGGUUACACAGCAUCCUCGAUUUUGACCAAGUCCUCGUAAUGGAAGAUGGUCGGAUAAUAGAGGAGGGAAAUCCUCGCCAGCUCCUUGAUGAAAGCGAGGGACGAUUCAAGACACUGUACAUGCAGCAGUGUUACACGGACACUACUGUCGGUGGCAGCAAUGUCAGCAGCAACCGUGAUCAAUGA